AUGAUUUGCAAUCUCAUUUGCAUAAAAGCACUUAUAAUAGAAAGUGGAGUUGAAGUUGCCGUCGAAUUUUGGAUUCAAGCAAUUACAUCAAUUAAUGAAAUUACUAAUGAUUUCGAGAUGGAAAUUUAUAUCAACGAGAUGUGGCUUGAUCCAGCAUUGAAAUUCGAGCAUUUCAAUCCUUGUAAGGAUAACUUAUCGCUUAAUCAUCAAGUUUUGGAUAAACUUUGGACGCCAAAUAGUUGUUUUAUUAACAGUAAAAUAGCACAGAUUCAUGAAUCGCCUUUUAAAAACAUUUUCCUGAUGUUAUAUCCAAAUGGUACCGUUUGGGUUAAUUAUAGAGUUCGGGUCAAAGGGCCAUGCGCAAUGGAUUUGUCAAACUUUCCAAUGGAUGUUCAAACUUGCCACUUAAUAUAUGAAAGUUUCAAUUACAAUAAUCAAGAAGUUCGCAUGCGUUGGAAUAUGAUAAAUUCAAAUCCAGUUUACGUUGUUAGUAAGAUAUUGUUGCCAGAUUUCAAUUUAAUAAAUAUUACAGCAACACUUAAAGUAGAGAAAUAUCCAGCUGGAAUGUGGGACGAAUUACAUGUAAGUUUGACAUUUGAGAGGCGUUGUGUUUGGUACUUCAUGCAGGCUUAUGUUCCAACUUAUCUUACUAUUUUUAUUAGUUGGGUAUCAUUUUCGCUAGGGCCUAAAGCAAUACCAGCCCGAACAAUGCUUGGGGUAAAUGCUUUGCUGGCGAUGAUUUUCCAAUUUGGCAAUAUCAUGCGAAAUCUUCCUCGAAUUGAUCUAAUUUUGAUUCUUUUUUUUCCAGAUAUUUGGAUGCUUGUUUCAAUGACAUUUAUUUUUUCAUCUCUUAUUGAAUUGGCUAUAGUUGGCUCCAAAGUUAAGCAUAUGGAAAGUAAUGAACGACCCAGGAAGUUAUACCGUAAAAAUACUGAAGGAGUAGAAUCAAGUCCAAAAGGUCUUUAUAAAUUCGAAAAAAGAUUUAUGUUUCCUGUAGAAGGCGUAGAGCUAAAAUGGUAUCAGUCUCGAUGGAAAUCAUCACUUUGGACACCAGAUCGUAUAGAUCGCUUGUCGAGUAUUAUUUUUCCAGCAUUUUUCGCGUGCUUCAAUGUAAUUUACUGGUCAUGGUACUCGGAAUAUUUAUUCUAA